CUCACUGUCGACAAGUUUUUCACUCGUGAAGGCGAACCCAUAUCUGAUGUGAACUCCGACUCGAUUUGGAAUUUUCACGUUUGGACUGAUGUUUGGAUGUCGAGACCAGAUCUUCCACCGGGCUAUGGGGGCUGGCAGGUGAUUGACGCCACACCGCAAGAAUCGAGUGAUGUCAGUGGUCUCUACCAAACAGGCCCGGCAUCCCUGGAGGCCAUUCGUAAGGGGGAGGUUGGUUUAGCGUAUGAUGUCCCCUUUGUGUUUGCUGAGGUGAACUCCGAUGUCGUGCACUGGCAGCUUGAUGAAUCCAGUGAACUCGGAUGGAGAAAGAUCAAGACCAAUAAAUACCACGUCGGCCGAAAAUUAUUCACGAAAAGGGUUGGUGUUGACGGUGAUUACGGGGGCAUAUCUGAUGCCGAAGACAUCACAUCUCUCUAUAAAUUCAAAGAAGGCACAGAAGAGGAACGUAUGGCUGUUCUCAAUGCCGCUCGAGACAUCGAGAAAGUGGUGAUCGGGAACCCCUUCUACAUUCAGGUCGAGAUGACUAACAGAGUGGGAAGCAUACGAACGGUCACUCUGUCCCUCAGCUGCAACAGCUUCUACCUGACAGGCAUUUUGGCCAAAAAGAUCAAACAGGAGCGACAGAUCAUUGUCUUACAGCCCUAUCAGAAGGAUGUGUUCAGAAUUCGUGUCAAUUCUGAUGACUAUAUCGAUAAACUGGUCGACUAUUCAAUGAUGAAGAUCUAUGCGAUCGCAACCGUCAAAGAGACUCAACAGACGUGGUCUGAAGAGGACGACUUCACUAUCGAGAAGCCAUCGCUCAAUAUCAUCACUCGGGGAGAUAUUGUGGUNAGUCUCUUUGACGGUUGCGAUCGCAUAGAUCUUCAUCAUUGA